CGGCGCGGACGCAUAAAGAAGCAUAAGGUCGUGAGCCCAUCCUAUCGUCAGUGUGAACGCGCGAGUCGAACUAUUCGUUAGCGCGCGAAUUUCCAAAGAUUUAAAAAUGUUUUAUUUUUUCGUCGCUUUGUUAGUGGCCAGUGCACAGGCUAAGUUUUAUUCGGAUUGUGGCUCGAAAUUAACUACUGUCCAUGAUGUGGGUGUCAGUGGCUGUUCCAGGGAUGCAAAGUCAUGCAUACUUAAGAGAAACAGCAAUGUCACAAUCAACAUUGACUUUACCCCUUCUAAAGCGGUUACUUCGAUUGAGACAGUAGUACAUGGGGUCAUCAUGAAUUUGCCGGUUCCAUUCCCGAUUUCACAGCCGGACGCUUGUAAGGGCAACGGUCUGACUUGCCCGCUUAAGGCGGGUGAAAAGCAAGCAUACAAAACAACAUUGGCAGUACUCAAAGCAUACCCAAAAGUUAGCGUUAUAGUGAAAUGGGAACUGAAGACUGAUGAUGGAGAGGACAUAGUCUGCGUUAUGAUACCUGCACAGAUAAAAUAGAAAGUCUAACAACAGAUAUAAAGAUAUAAAUAAUACAAUAUUUUGUGAUAAUUAUUUUUAGAACAUAAGAUGAAUAAUGAUUAAGUGUGUGCGGCUUUUUUAUAAUGUAGUCUAUGAAUGUGAUGAUUCCAAUAAAUUAUAUUGUACGCACUGUAUCAGUGUGUAGUGGCAUUAACAGAAAACACUUAUAAUAAGCAUCUUAGGAUAAAAGCACGGUAUUAGCAGUGCCGUGUCAGUAAACUGAUAACACCCGAAAAUUGGAAUAAAAUUACUUAAUUUUGGUCUGAAUUUUAAAGCAACUUUAAUUUUUUGUACCGUAAGAAAUUUGUCUCAAAUUUUUAUCAGGCGUUUCUUUAUGAAUGUUAUACUAGAUUCAUUAAUAUUCUAUGCAACAACUAUUUGCUUUAUAUUAUAAUUAAGUGUGUUUUUGCAUUUUAGAAAGGUAUUUGUGAUUAUAUAGUUAGUUUACCUAGUUUUUAGACGAUAAUCAUUAAUUUUCAGCAAAACGUUUUAAAUUUGUAAAGGUAUUGCCGUGUCCAAAGUCGUAACAUAGCUUUUAAAUAAAUAUUUGUAAUUAUUAUGAA